AUGCUGCGGAGGCUCCGUGAAGGCCUGGGGCACUUGGCGGACAGGACCCACUGCAUCGCCACCGAGCGGAAGACCCAAGACCCUACGUAUGGAUUUAUCAACACCUGUCUGCAGUCUCUUGUGAUAGAGAAAUUUGGUGAAGACACAUGGGAGAAAUUGAAAACUUCUGCAGAAGUACAAGAUACCUUCCUGACAUACACAGUGUACGAUGAUGGCAUCACCAUUAAGCUCAUCCAAGAAGCCUGCAAGAUUCUGGGUGUCUCCAUGGAAACUAUUCUGAAACUCUUCGGAGAAUACUUCUUUAAAUUCUGUAAGAUGUCUGGCUAUGACAGGAUGCUGAGGACACUGGGAGGAGAUCUCACUGAGUUCAUUGAAAACCUGGAUGCCCUCCACAGUUACCUUGCGUUGUCUUACCAGGAGAUGAAUGCACCAUCAUUUCGUGUGGAAAAAGGAGCAGAUGGGAAAAUGCUUCUCCAUUACUACUCAGAUAGAAGUGGUCUGUGCCACAUCGUACCAGGCAUCCUGGAGGCAGUGGCCAAGGACUUCUUUGACACUGAUGUGACCAUGAAUAUUCUUGACAUGAAUGAAGAAGUGGAGAGGACCGGGAAGAAGGAGCAUGUGGUGUUCCUGGUGGUACAGAAGGCUCACAAUGGGAGGAAAAGGGCUAAGUCAGAUAGGUCAGCAGCCAGUCCAGAUGCCCAGAGGGACCAAGAGGCCCUGGAGUCAGCUUUCCUUAGAAUGAAAGAGAAGUACCUGAGUGUUUCUGUUUGCCCUAUCAAGAAAUCCUACUGGGAUGUUGUAAGAACUAUAGUUCUAUCUGGAAAAGGGCAUCUCAGGAAUGCUUUCAAGCCCAUGUAUCCUGAGAGACUCUGGAUUGAAGAGAAGACUUUCUGUAAUGUAUUUCCUUUCCACGUUGUGUUUGAUGAAGCGUUGAGAGUGCGGCAAGCUGGGGUGAAUCUUCAGAAAUACGUCCCAGGACUCCAAACUCAGAAGGUGCGGUUAGACGAGCAUUUCUCCAUCAUUCAUCCUCAAGUUGCCUUCAACAUCUGCAGCAUCCGCAAAUUUAUCAAUAGUCAGUUUGUCCUGAAGACACGAAGGGAAAUGAUGCCUGAAACAUGGAAGGAUCAGCCCCCGCUCAAACUCAGAGGCCAGAUGAUCUGGAUGGAGUCCCUGCAGUGCAUGGUCUACCUGUGCUCUCCGAAGCUCCGCAGCCUGCAAGAGCUGGAGGAGUGCAAGAUGCACCUGUCGGACAUUGCUCCCCAUGACACCACCAGGGACCUCAUCCUCCUGAACCAGCAGCGGUUGGCAGAGAUAGAGCUGUCCAACCAGCUGGAGCGGAAGAAGGAGGAGUUGCGUGUCCUCUCCAAGCACCUAGCCAUUGAGAAGAAGAAGACAGAGACCUUGCUCUACGCCAUGCUGCCUGAACAUGUGGCCAACCAACUGAAGGAGGGCAAAAAGGUUGCUGCAGGGGAAUUUAAAACCUGCACAAUCCUUUUCAGUGAUGUGGUGACAUUCACGAAUAUAUGUGCUGCCUGUGAACCUAUCCACAUUGUAAAUAUGCUAAAUGCAAUGUACUCCAAAUAUGACAGGUUAACCAGUGUCCAUGAUGUGUACAAAGUGGAAACGAUAGGAGAUGCUUAUAUGGUGGUGGGGGGUGUACCAGUGCCCACUGGAAGCCAUGCUCAGCGAGUGGCUAAUUUUGCCUUGGGAAUGAGAAUUGCUGCAAAGGAAGUGCUGAAUCCCAUCACUGGAGAGCCCAUCCAGAUCAGAGUGGGUAUCCACACUGGACCAGUCUUAGCAGGUGUUGUUGGAGACAAGAUGCCCCGGUACUGCUUGUUUGGGGAUACCGUGAACACAGCUUCUAGGAUGGAGAGCCACGGGCUUCCUGGCAAAGUGCACCUCAGUCCCACAGCUUAUAGAGCUCUGGAAAAUCAAGGCUUUGAAAUCAUUGAGAGAGGUGAAAUCGAAGUGAAAGGUAAAGGGAAGAUGACCACCUACUUUCUCCUCCAAAAUUUGAAUGCCACAGAGGAAGAGAUCAUGGGGAUAUGGAGGACAUCACCGGACUACAGUGGAUUGAACAAGGAACAGGUGCAUCUGCUCAUUCUUCUUCUAGGUAAUGAGUCCUUUAAAUUGUUCAUGGUCUUCAGCCUCCUGGACACUUGA